CAUCCAUCCAUCCAUCCAUCCAUCCAUCCAUGCGUUUUUACGCAAGCCUAUUUGGCCCACAUCAUUACGCACACAAAUAUCAAUGAGCGCGUGACUCCCGCCCCACUGACUUCUGUGGCCCCGCCUUCUCUGAGCUGGUUGGAGAGAGUAAACAGCUCAUCUACRCAUCUUAUCUUAUAGGAGCAGGCGCGUAACCGUGUCGCGCCAUCACAAAAAAACAACACACACACAUAAAAAAAAGUUUCACUCCUGGCAAGAAGAAGAGCGCGCGUGUUUUGUGGCAACUGGUUGUUCAGUGAUGCAGGUGCCAAGCAAAAGGUCCGAGUCUUUCUGUUCACGGAGAGGACUGAAAGCAUGACAUGUGAUCAGCUCAGCCAGCUGUGGGCUCUUUACCUGAUCCUCUGCGCCACUGGGACGGUCUCCAUCUGUCAGGGCGCACAGGAUUUCCAAAGGAAAGCUUCCAUGAUUCUGAAAGAGGAACCAGAAAACCCAAAAUGCUUUGCUGAGGGCAGGAAUGACUUCACGUGCUUCUGGGAAGAAGAUGAGGAGAGGGCUGGAUCUGUGGAUCAGUACUCCUUCACAUAUGCCUACCAAAAUGAAAACAGCAGCACGUGCCCCCUCACAGUCRUCUCCAUGGAGGGCGGAAAACAGCUCUUUGUCUGCCAUCUGAACCGGAUUCAGAUGUUUGUCCAGUUGGAYGUCCAGGUUCACCGGCAGGGAAUCCAGAUCUAUAAUCGCAGCCUUCUCGUUGAUCUUGUUUUUCUUCUGGACCCCCCUGAAAAUGUGACGGUGAGCAGCACGGGUCAUCAAGGGCAGCUGAACGUUAGCUGGCUCACGCCUUCUCUGAAGUACAUGGGCGACAGUGUGAUAUAUGAGAUUAUCUACGCUCCAGCCGACAGCCACUCUGGGCAGGUGGAGGUGGUUCAUGCCUGCUCUGAGUUGAUUCUCAGAGGUCUUCAGCCUGGUACAAAGUACAGGGUACAAGUCCGUGUGAAGUUGGACGGUGUCACCUACGAUGGCUUUUGGAGUGCCUGGAGUGACCCUGUGUUUAUGGAAACUCUGCCUGCAGAACUUGACCCACUCAUCAUGUCAAUGACUUUCAUCAUCACCUUCAUCCUCAUUCUGCUUUGUCUUGUCAUGCUUUUGUCCCAUCACAGGUUCCUUAGAAGGAAGAUUUGGCCUAUCAUUCCAACUCCUGACAGCAAGUUCCAAGGUCUUUUCACUGUUUAUGGUGGGGAUUUCCGGGAGUGGUUAGGACAGACCAGUGGAGGCUUAUGGGUGACUUCAGCUCUUAUCUACUCUGAGGAAUGUCCUUCUCCCCUGGAAGUACUCUCAGAACUCAACCUUUGCCCCUCUCUGACCUCCCCACCUCUUCCACCAAAGGUCUGUAAAGCUUUGACCGCUGUCGAAAACAAGGACAGUGCCAUGAAGAAAGGAAUCGUCCAGAGGGAGCUGUCUAACACAAGUGAUUCAGCAACAAAUGAGUGGAGAGCCACGCCGCAUGACCAGAGCUUGAUGGACCGCUUACAGGCACUGCAACAGAACCCUGUCCCCUGCUCCCAGUCUUCUCUGCUGGAAUCUCAAGACACAUACGUCACCCUCAGCGCCAACAAUCACAGUGAAGAUGACCACAUCAAUGACAGUUUCGAGGAAGCAUUACCCUUGGAGGUGCUUUUUGCCUCAAGGAAGACAACACUGAGUGAGUCCCACUCUGAUUUAGGGUCUGCGCAGCAGAGCUCUGGGUCAGGUCGCCUUUCAUCUCAGUCCAGCUUUGAGUAUCCAAACCAAGCCUGGACACACAAAGGCCCUGGGUACACUUACAUGGCAGUGGCAGACUCUGGGGUCUCCAUGGAUUACAGCCCUAUGAGCAGAGCUGAUGAUAUAGGCAAAGUGUCAAUCUAUGCCAACGAGUACAAAAAUGAUAUUCCAGCUCAUAAAAGACCCUUCCUGUUAAGGCAGUACUCUGUCCACGAUGACGGCUGAGGAGUCCGACUGGACCAACUACAUGUGGACUGAAGCUUUUUAGCAGGCCAAGGCUCCGUUAACUGUUAUGAAAAGAAACAAGGAGCUGACUGACACCAAAGCGUAAGCUAUAGGACUGAAGGGUUCAUUGGACAUAUGUGAUCUGUACAGGACACUACAUUGACCCAGAAUUAUCAGCUGUGUUACUUCAAAUACUUUUAUUCUGCACUCUGCAUGCUCAUUCAUUGUCUUUCAGAUUAGAUWUUUUUUAUAUUUCAGCUGUGUGAAUUUUUUUUUAGCUAUUUAGCGAAUUGUCUUGCUUUUUUUUAAAUUGGCACAAUUGCUCUCAGAGAUACAUAAAACACUGAAACAUAAGACAGAAAAAGACAUUUUUCAUUCCCCAACAUUUUUAUGGUGGCAAAUUUCUUUGCAUGGAAAAAAAUGCAUUAUUCCCACAUUUAACAUUUUUUCACCCAAAGCUUCAUUUAUAAUAACUUAUUUCUUUGCUCCAUGCAAACUUUUUAUUUCAAGCAUAACUUUGGCAUGUUAGCAAACAGCAGUGCUUUUAGCUAAUGCCAAUGGCAAUGUUAGCAUGUUGAUCCUGAAGAUAAUAUUCUAUACUAACAUAGAGCCUAACUUCAUGUUGUUAGCAUGCUAACACCACAUAUCUUAAUGAAGGGUUUAUUCACCAUUUUAGAAUGCUAACGUGGUUGUUAGCACAAGCUAAAAUUAAGUCCUGUGGGGGAAAUCUUUGGCUUUUUAGGUGUUCAGAAAAAGUUCUGAGCAGAUCUCAACUUUGAUGUGAUGAUAAAACAUCUACAAUUAUUCAUGCAGUGUUGUACUUCUGCAUUUUAUUUGAUUUAACCAAUUAAAUCAAUAUAUUUGUAGAGCCAAUUGCCUUUUUCACCACCAAAUUUAUAUUUUAUUACACAUUUUAUGAAAAAAUCCAAACAAAUCAAAGAUGAUAAUAAAACCCUAAAGCUUUGAGUUAGAUGGUACAAAAUAAGAGUCAGAAAAUGUAAAUUAUACAUAGAAUAAAAAUAUUUUCUUGAU